GGUAACCCAGGGACAGUGGUGAUGGAGCUCCCGGCGAGAGUCCAUUUGUACCGUUUAUGUGACAGCUUCUCCUGCUGGGGCCUUCACUCAUUGGUAGUUAGAAUUAGGCAAACCGCUGAGAUCCUGUGAACUUUGAUCUGCUGAAUUGCAGAAGAGCAAGAAGCAAGACAGCCCCGUCCCUGCUUCAUCAGAGCUUCUGCUAAAAGAAGGGCUCUAAGGGAGAGGGGACUUCAUACAGCUGCCUGUGCCCAUCAUUCAGCAGCUCUACCACUGGGACUGUGGCCUCGCCUGCUCCAGGAUGGUGCUGCGGUACCUAGGCCAGCUGGACGAUGGAGAGUUUGAGAACGCCUUGCAGGAGCUGCGGCUGACCAGGAGCAUCUGGACCAUUGAUCUGGCCUACCUGAUGCGCCAUUUUGGUGUGAGGCACCGCUUUUGUACUCAGACGUUGGGCGUUGACAAGGGCUACAAGAACCAGUCCUUCUAUAGGAAGCACUUUGACACAGAGGAGACCCGGGUGAACCAGCUGUUUGCACAAGCCAAGGCCUGCAAGGUGCUAGUGGAGAAAUGCACGGUGAGCAUACAGGACAUCCAGGUGCACCUGGCUCAGGGCCAUGUCGCCAUCGUGCUGGUGAACUCAGGGGUGCUGCACUGUGACCUGUGCUCCAGCCCCGUCAAGUACUGCUGCUUCGCCCCCAGUGGACACCGCUGCUUCUGUCGCACCCCCGACUACCAGGGCCAUUUCAUUGUGCUGCGUGGCUACAACAGGGCCACUGGCUGCAUCUUCUACAACAACCCAGCCUAUGCGGACCCAGGAAUGUGCAGCACCAGUAUCAGUAACUUUGAGGAAGCCAGAACCAGCUAUGGCACGGAUGAGGACAUCCUCUUUGUCUAUCUGGAGAGCUGACAUCAGGACCUAUUGUGCCCAGGUCCUUGGACCACACACUCUACCCCCACCAGGCCCAUUCAGGACACCCAGGCCUGGGGCUGCUGGGACUUGGAGCCUUAGCCUGUCUGACAAAGUCCCAUGGAAUUCUGGGAAACUGGCACACCUGCUUUGUCCACCAGUGCUAUGUUGUCAUGCUGCUUACCCCAAGCACCUGUUGGUUGCUGGAGGUAUCUUCAGACCAUUAGAGGGAAGCCUCCCCCAGGACAUCAAACCUGACUCCAGUCAGGCCCAGAGGAAAUGCAGGCCUAGGGGUACCCUUGUUGCUUCCUAGAGAGACCCACAGCAAGGGGAGAGGCCUGAGAUAGUCAGUCCCACAGACCUCAGGACUUGGCAGGACAGCAUAUGCGUGUUCAGGAGUACAGACGAACCUAACCCCCUGGAGCUGUACCAUUCUAGGCCUCGGCCUCCUGGAAGUGCUGCAGAGCUCCCUGUCCCCAUGGUGGUUGCCAUCGCCGCUGCCUCCUUCCUCCCAGUGGGUGCAGGUUUCUGUGACUGGUUGCAAGGCCUCUGGCCCCUAUUGUGCAGCAUAGAUGCACCUCAUAGCUAUGCUUUUCUGCAGUGACCUGGCCCCUGGGGAUGCUGGGGCUCCUCACUCAGCCUUCUGGGUACUCCACUUCUAUAGGAUGGGGUGUCUUUGGUAGUGGCGGGGCCCACCAUUCACUGCUGGACCCAGUGGCCAGCAUCAGGGAGCGUGCUUCAGGAACAGCUCUACAGCCACCUCACCCCUCAUACACGAGGCCUCCUGACACCAGCCUAAAUUCCGACAGUGGAGGCCUCCUGAGUGUGGGAAGCCCCCAGGUCUCUUGAGGCUGGGUGCUAGGGCCUGCACUCUUGAAGCAAUGGGAAAGGAGCAGCCUGCAGCCACCCCACCUCCUACCCCCACUCUUGGUUUUCACACCAGGACCUUUAGCACACAACACUGGGUCUCUUGUCUCGAUGGACAGCAGCAGUGCCUGCCCAGGAUCACACAGCACAGCCAAGUACCACCGACUGGAGCUGGUUUCUUCCCAUUUUUAUUUUCUGGGAGAGGGGUGGUGGUGGUAGAGCAACAGUAUUUGUUUUUGUGGUACUGGAGAUUGAGCCCAGGGCCUUCACACUGAGCAACAUCCCCAGUGCUUUUUUAAAUUUUGAAACAGGGUCUUGAUAAAUUGCCCAGGUGGAACUCAGACUAGCAAUCCUCCUGGCUCAGCUUCCGAAGUACUGGGAUUACAGGCACCACUGCACCCAGCUUGUUUUACUGAGGUGUAAGUUUUCACUUUUGGAAUAAUAGUAAGAUUGCAGGUACUUUGAAACUACUAACACCUCUUUUCACACAGCAGGUAAGCCAGCCUAAGUUCUCUUUCAGAGAGAAGGGGCUUGGCCAGUGGUCUGAAUCCCAUGUCCUUCGCUUUACAGAGGAGGCAGCCAGCCCAGUCUGGGGACAGUCUCCCUGGGACAGUGAGUCUUAAACCCAGGUCUGCAUGUAAGAAAUAAGGGAAGUGGGUUAUUCCCACAGGCCUGGGGAUACCCACCCCUCUUGGGCUGCCUUUGGCAAAGAGGUGUACCCUGACGCCCCUCAUCCCUUCAGUCCUGGGGCUCGGUCUUUCAGUGCCCCAGGUGUGACGAGGUGCCAUUUGCUUCCCCUCCUGCCAGCUGCCCCCCUCCCCACCAUGGUAGCUCAGAGGGACAGAGGUGGGUUUUGCUUACAAGGGCUGUCACUACCCAGCCACACUGUUCCUUAUCACCAAAUGCAGCCUUGAGCCAAGGUGCUGUUAGCUAGGCAGCCUCCUUGGGUUUUGCAAACCUGUGUUGGCUUUAGUCUGGUCUUACUUUCAUGGCCUCGAUGCUGGAUGGCCUGAAGUCCCAGGGAACUCUGGCUCCAAGCCCAAGAGUACCACAUUUGGCAGCUGUGGGGUGUGCACAUCCUCAGAAGAAAUCCAGGUAAAACUGUGAGAAUAGUUGUAGGAAGGAAAAGAAGGGGAGGAAGUGAUGCUUUCAAGAUGAUGGGGUGUGAAAAAGGCAUAGGACAAUGCUGGCAUGGCUGUUGGAAUGGCCUCCACAGAAAAUGGACACAGCACCUCAGCCAUCUAGGACAUCUAGGAGUGCUUAGUCCCUGGGCCCAGAGAUGGCUUCAUGGGCAAGUUACAAAUUAGAGCUUCUCUAAUUUAACAAGGAUGUAACAAGACACUGUCUGUCCCCAAGACCGUCUGCCUGACGUCACAGGCAGGAUGUAAGCCACAUGGUGUUAUGUUCUUGCGCAAGUCACGGAAGUGGGGUUAGAGAAAGAGCCUAGAUGUCAGGGACUUUGUAGCAUCCACAACUGCUCAGCCUGUCCUCACACUACAGCCCAGUGGAGCCUUGGCAGCCACAUGGGACACUGUUCGCUCUAACUACAGGAGGACAGAAGGGAUCUUUUCCAUUGCAGAUUUUAUACAUAAAUCUAUUUUGUUUGUAAUGAGCCGUUCUCAAUAAACAUUCUUCUCACUGCCCAGUGGUGGCAGCCCGUGCCUGA